AUGCUUAGCGUGGAUUUGUGUUCACUACCCCUCACUCGGACCAUCAAAAAUGAAGUUGAUGCAAGUCAGUUCAGAUUCAAUACCACUGAUACCUGGAGAACAGCAGCAGUGAAGCUGAUCAGAGCACAGAAAAUUCUGCUGAUGGAGGCUGUUAAGUCCCUGAGUGAUGAAGAAAACCUGAAACUCUUUGGGAAAUGCAACAAUCCAAAUGGACAUGGACACAACUAUAAAGUUGUAGUGACUGUGCGUGGAGAGAUUGAUCCCACCUCAGGAAUGGUUAUAAACCUGACAGACCUGAAAGCGUACAUGCAGGAAGCUAUCAUGGAGCCUCUUGACCACAAGAACCUGGAUAAAGACGUGCCUUACUUUGCUGAUGUUGUCAGCACAACUGAGAAUGUGGCAGUAUACAUCUGGGAAAACCUCCAGAAGCGUCUGCCCGCAGGGGCUCUUUAUAAAGUCAAAGUGUAUGAAACGGAUCAGAACAUCGUUGUGUACAAAGGGGAAGAGACGACAUCUGAGAAAUGAAACUCAAUUCAGCUGAUCACAAACUUCUGAGGAAUUAAUUGAAUCGGUGUAUCAAUGGAUUAUUGAACCCCCUCCCAGUGUUAUCUGUGUCACAUAGUGAUUUUGGAGAAUGUUUAUUUUUUAUCUACGGUCAUUUUUAGAUAAUUAAAGACAGUUUUCCUGUGGUAAGCUAA